UUUCCGCCAGGUGGCAGUAGCGCGCCGCUCCACGGCACUCCACGUUUCCCUCGCUCGCUGUUUUCUGUUUACUCGGUGUUGUUGUUCCCCAACCGCGGUCGGCGCUAUUUGGAUUUCUUGCUCACACAACUCAUUUGGUAGAGAUGGCUCGCAGAAAGUCGAAGCGAAAGCCUCCUCCUAAGAAGAAAAUGACUGGGAACCUGGACACUCAGUUCACCUGCCCUUUCUGUAACCACGAGAAGUCCUGCGAUGUUAAAAUGGAGAGAAGUCGGAACACGGGAAUAAUAUCUUGUUCUGUGUGCUUGGAGGAGUUCCAGACACCCAUUACCUAUCUCUCAGAGCCAGUGGAUGUGUAUAGUGAUUGGAUAGAUGCUUGUGAAGCAGCAAAUCAGUAGUUCAUUAUAUGGGGUCGGAAGUCAUGGAAGACUGCGUGGUCCCAAUGCCUGAGGUGCAUCCUUUUGUCCUGAAAUCACCUAAUAUCAAUAUCCUGGAUCUCACUUAGUCACAUAUGGGGAAAAUAGAAGUAUGGGACAUCAUCCAGACCGUGUUGCGAAAUGCGAAACCACCCAGUUUUCUUUUAUUAAGUGUUACACAAUGUGAAUAAACAAAUGUAGUGUUUCUUACAUACUGAAUCUAGAGUUCCAUUUAACAGUUGGUAACCACAGUGUACAUGUAAUGUUUUCUUUUCAGAACUUGUCAACUUUUAGUUUGUCUUCAUUUUGCUUAUUGAUUUAGAUUUUAUAUGAUUAUUGAUUGGGGCAAUCAGUGUCAAUAAAUUUAUCUGCAUAUCGUU